GUAAAUUUGCAGCAUAGAAAUUAUUGUCAGUCAAUUGAAACAAUAAAAUUAUUGCAUUAUUGACUUUUGACUCCAUUUGGAUACAUGGCAUUUCUAAGACUUGGCUCCAAAUCUGAGGCCUUCCGUCGUGAAGGCCAAGCUUGGCAUUGCACAUCAGGCCUUCCCAGUGAUGUUACAUUUGAAAUUGGAGAAAUGUCCUUUUAUCUACACAAGUUCCCAUUGAUAUCAAGAAGUGGACUACUAGCAAAGCUAAUUAAAGAUUCAUCAAAAGACGACGUAUCAGUUAGCGAACUGCAGCUCAAUGACAUACCUGGUGGUGCUAAAGCAUUUGAGUUAGUAGCCAAAUUCUGUUAUGGUGUCAAAAUAGAAAUCACUCCUUUGAAUAUAGUGAGCCUUAGAUGUGCAUCAGAGUAUUUGGAAAUGACAGAUGAAUAUGGUGAGAGAAAUCUCAUUGCACAAACAGAAUCUUUUCUUAACGAAGUUUUUGGGAAUUGGACAGAUACUAUAAAAGCUCUUGAAACAUGUGAAGAAGUUCUUCCACAGGCUGAAGAGCUUCAUAUUGUGUCGAGAUGCAUAAAUUCCUUAGCAAUGAAAGCUUGUACCGAUACAAAGUUGUUUAACUGGCCUGUGUCUGAAAAUGGUCACGAGGAUACCACAGACACGGAGGUGUGGAAUGGUAUAUGCACUGGAUCCAAGACACAGCCAAUGACAGAUGAUUGGUGGUAUGAAGACGUGUCGUUCCUUAGCUUACCUCUGUAUAAACGGUUGAUUCAGGCAGUUGAAGCCGGAGGAAUGAGGCCUGAUAAUGUAGCAGGUGCAGUUGUGUUUUAUGCAAAGAAAUAUAUUCCUUUGAUGAAUAGACAAGCAAGUUUCAAGGAUGCUACUAGCCAAACUAAUAAAUCAGGAUCAACAAUUUCAACUCCAUCAGAAGCAGACCAAAGGGCACUUUUAGAGGAGAUAAUGGAGUUGUUGCCAAAUCAGAAAGGAGUAACAGAAACUAGGUUUCUUCUUAGGCUACUGCGUAGCGCUAUGAUGCUACAAGCAAGUCCAUCUUGCAGGGAGAAUUUGGAGAGAAGAGUGGGAUUGCAAUUAGAUCAAGCUGCACUAGAUGACUUAUUAAUACCAAAUAUGGGAUAUUCAGUAGAAACUUUAUAUGACAUAGACUGUUUUCAGAGAAUUUUGGAUCAUUUCAUGUCAAUAGACCAGGCUUCUUCUGCACCAUCUCCAUGUAUUAUGGAAGAAAACCAAUUGAUGGAAGGUUCAACUUCAUUAACUUCACUAACAAGGGUAGCAAAUCUAGUGGAUUCAUAUCUUUCUGAAGUCGCGCCUGAUGUUAAUUACAAGUUCCCUAAAUUUCAGUCUCUUGCUGCAACAAUCCCGGAUUUUGCAAGGCCACUUACUGAUGGUAUCUAUCGUGCAAUUGAUAUAUAUUUGAAGGCACAUCCUUGGCUCACAGACUCAGAAAGGGAGCAAAUCUGCAGACUAAUGAAUUGCCAGAAGCUCUCGUUGGAAGCUUGCACACACGCUGCUCAAAACGAGAGGCUACCUCUUAGGGUCAUAGUUCAGGUCUUGUUCUUUGAACAACUUCGACUAAGGACAUCAAUAUCAGGAUUGUUCUUUGUCUCAGAUAAUCUUGACAACUCCCGAAGUACUACUCUUCAUGGAGGCAACAGGAACACAAACACAUCAAAUGGUAGAGGAUCAAGUAUCGAUGACAUGAGGGAGCGUGUUGCAGAACUAGAAAAAGAGUGCAACAGCAUGAAACAGGAGUUUAAAAAGGUGGUAAAAACAAAGAAAAAGUGGAAUGUGUUUUGUGGAAGAAAAUCUGAGUGUGACUUGAAUUCAGUAAAUCCCAGCAAGUUACAACCUCGACAUGUUAAUGAGCGUAAAAAUCAAAAGAAUGGAGGCUCUAGAUGAAGGUAGACAUAGUAAAUUUAUCAUUAUGUUUUGUUCAUUUCUUGCCAUCAGGACUUCGUUUAGUAUCAUAUAUGCUAUGGUCUCUGAUCAUAUGGAUAUUGGUCUGACAUUUGAUAGACAAGAUUCGAGUUUUUUGUUAUAGGAUGUGUGCAUUCUAUUGCUA